CAUGGCGGCCAGCCUCCGCGGCCGCUCGCUCAAGCACCUCAGGAUCCGAGGGCGCAAUGACAGCGGCGAGGAGAACGUCCCCCUCGAUCUCAGCAGAGAGCCCUGUGAUAACGUGAGGGAGAUUCUUCAAAAUGUGGCCAAGUUGCAAGGCGUAUCAAAUAUGAGAAAGCUGGGCCACCUGAAUAAUUUUACUAAGCUUCUAUGUAAUAUUGGUCACAGUGAAGAAAAACUAGGUUUCAACUAUGAAGAUAUCAUAAUAUGUUUGCGGCUGGCUUUACUGAAUGAAGCAAAAGAAGUGCGAGCAGCCGGGCUGCGAGCCCUUCGCUAUCUCAUCAGAGACUCCAGUAUUCUGCAGAAGGUGCUAAAAUUAAAAGUGGAUUAUUUGAUAGCCAGGUGCAUCGAUAUACAGCAGAGCAACGAGGUUGAGCGGACACAAGCACUUCGAUUAGUCAGAAAGAUGAUUACUGUGAAUGCUUCCCUAUUUCCUAGCUCCGUAACUAAUUCUUUGAUAGCAGUUGGAAAUGACGGUCUUCAAGAAAGGGACAGGAUGGUCCGAGCCUGCAUUGCAAUUAUCUGUGAACUAGCACUUCAGAAUCCAGAAGUGGUGGCUCUUCGAGGUGGGCUUAGUACCAUCUUGAAAAACGUAAUUGAUUGCCAGUUGAGUCGAAUCAAUGAGGCCCUUAUUACCACAGUUUUACACCUCCUUAAUCACCCAAAGACCAGGCAAUAUGUGCGAGCGGAUGUAGAAUUAGAGCGAAUUCUAGCACCGUAUACAGAUUUUCACUACAGACAUAAUCCAGAUACAGCGGAGGGGCAGCUGAAAGAAGACAGAGAAGCACGAUUCCUAGCUAGUAAAAUGGGAAUAGUGGCAACCUUCCGUUCAUGGGCCGGUAUUAUUAGUUUAUGUAAGCCUGGGAACUCUGGGAUCCAGUCUUUAAUUGGGGUACUUUGCAUACCAAAUAUGGAAAUUCGGCGAGGUCUACUUGAGGUUCUUUAUGACAUAUUUCGCCUCCCUCUCCCUGUCGUGACAGAAGAAUUCAUAGAAGCACUACUCAGUGUAGAUCCAAGUCGAUUUCAGGACUGUUGGAGGCUCUCAGAUGGCUUCGUAGCAGCUGAAGCUAAAACUAUUCUUCCCCAUCGAGCCAGAUCCAGACCAGACCUCAUGGAUAAUUAUUUGGCUCUAGUACUAUCUGCUUUCAUUACUAAUGGACUUUUAGAAGGUUUGGUGGAAGUAAUAGCAAGUAGCGAUGACCAUGUCUCUGUCAGGGCUACAGUCCUAUUGGGGGAACUUUUACAUAUGGCAAACACAAUCCUUCCUCACUCACAUAGCCAUCAUUUGCACUGCUUACCGACAUUAAUGAACAUGGCAGCAUCUUUUGAUAUCCCAAAAGAAAAAAGACUACGCGCCAGCGCAGCACUGAACUGCCUAAAACGCUUCCAUGAGAUGAAGAAACGAGGACCUAAGCCUUACAGUCUUCACUUAGAUCACAUUGUUCAGAAAGCAGUCGCCACACACCAAAAAAGGGAUCAGUACCUCCGAGUACAGAAAGAUAUUUUUAUCUUAAAGGAUACAGAUGAAGCUCUUGUGAUGAACCUUCGAGACAGCCAAGUCCUUCAACAUAAAGAGAAUCUUGAUUGGAAUUGGAAUCUUAUAGGGACCAUCCUUAAGUGGCCAAAUAUAAAUCUGAGAAACUAUAAAGAUGAGCAGUUGCACAGGUUUGUUCGACGCCUGCUUUAUUUCUACAAGCCUAGCAGUAAAUUAUAUGCCAACCUGGAUCUAGAUUUUGCAAAGUCCAAGCAGCUCACGGUUGUUGGUUGCCAGUUUACAGAAUUUCUUCUUGAAUCUGAAGAGGAUGGGCAAGGGUACUUGGAAGAACUAGUAAAAGAUAUCGUUCAGUGGUUAAAUGCCUCCUCUGGAAUGAAGCCCGAACGCAGCCUUCAGAACAAUGGUUUACUGAGUACCCUUAGUCAGCACUACUUUCUGUUUAUUGGAACCCUCUCCUGUCAUCCUCAUGGAGUCAAAACGCUAGAAAAAUGCAAUGUUUUUCAGUGUCUUCUUAAUUUGUGUUCUUUGAAGAACCAAGAUCACUUGCUGAAACUGACAGUUUCUAGUUUGGACUACAGCAGAGAUGGCUUGGCCAGAGUCAUCCUUUCCAAAAUCCUUACUGCAGCUACUGACGUCUGCAGGCUGUAUGCCACAAAACACUUACGGGUGUUAUUGAGGGCCAAUGUGGAGUUCUUCAGCAAUUGGGGCAUUGAGUUAUUGGUGACCCAGCUUCACGAUAAAAAUAAAACCAUCUCCUCAGAAGCACUUGAUAUCCUUGAUGAGGCAUGUGAAGACAAGGCCAACCUUCAUGCUCUUAUCCAAAUGAAGCCAGCUCUUUCGCAUCUUGGAGACAAAGGUCUACUUCUGCUUCUCAGAUUUCUAUCCAUUCCGAAGGGGUUUUCCUAUUUAAAUGAGAGAGGAUAUGUAACUAAGCAAAUGGAAAAAUGGCAAAAGGAGUACAACUCAAAAUACGUUGAAUUGAUCGAAGAGCAACUAAAUGAAGCACUUACAACCUACCGCAAGCCCGUCGAUGGUGACAAUUACGUUCGUCGGAGUAAUCAAAGAUUACAGCGACCACAUGUCUACCUGCCCGUCCAUCUGUAUGGUCAACUGGUACACCACAAAACAGGCUGCCAUUUGUUGGAGGUCCAGAGUAUCGUUCCAGACCUCAGUUAUACUGUUCGUUCCCCUAUGUUGGACAAGUGGGAAGGAAUUAAACAACUGAAAGCAGCCCUUUGGGCCUUGGGAAAUAUUGGAUCAUCAAAUUGGGGUCUGAACUUGCUUCAAGAGGAGAAUGUAAUUCCUGAUAUAAUGGCACUAGCUCAACAUUGUGAGGUUCUGUCUAUUAGAGGAACCUGUGUCUAUGUGCUUGGCCUGAUAGCCAAAACUAAGCAAGGAUGUGAUACCUUGAAAUAUCACAACUGGGAUGCUGUGCGACACAGUCGCAAACAACCCUGGCCAGUGGUUCCAGACGAUGUGGAACAUCUCUGCAAUGAACUCUCUUCUAUUCCAAGCACUCUGAGUUUGAACUCUGAGUCCACCAGCUCUAGACAUAACAGUGAAAGUGAAUCUGCACCAUCAAGUAUGUUCAUCAUGGAGGAUGACCGAUUUGGCAGUAGCUCCACCAGCACCUUUUUCCUCGAUAUCAGCGAGGACGCUGAGCAAACGUUUUAUGACCGCCCGGGCCCGAUAAAGGAUAAGAAUCCAUUCUUCUUUGCCCCUAGCAGACUGGUGAAGAAUCGGAUCUUAAAUUCCCUGACCUUGCCUAAUAAAAAACACCGCAGCAGCAGUGAUCCUAAAGGAGGCAAGCACUCAUCUGAGAGUAAGUCGGGUGCGAGGCGGAAUCGAACGGUCACGGAGCCGUCCAGUAGCGCGGACUUUAAUCACAGCGACGAGUUCAUCCCCAUAUCCCGAGUCCAGAAAAAACUGGGAUUAGAAACUUCUUUCGUUGGAAGCAAGCAUACCGAAGACACGGGUAGCACCCCGAGUAUCGGAGAGAAUGACUUAAAAUUCACCAGGAGUCUUGGGACGGAAAAUCACAGGGACCACGCAAGUAGAGAGAGGCUGGUUGUGGAUAGCUCUACAAGUUCACAUAUGAAGAUUCGGAGCCAAAGCUUUAAUACAGAUACUACAACGAGUGGCAUUAGCUCAAUGAGUUCAAGUCCCUCCAGAGAGACGGUGGGUGUGGACAACACAACGAUGGACACCGACUGUGGAAGUCUUAGUACCGUGGUGAGCACUAAGACGGUCAAAACAAGUCACUGUUCAACGCCCCAGCCGAACCACCUGCCUCUCUCCAAAUCCAACUCCGUAUCUCUGGUGCCGCCGGGUUCUUCUCACACCCUUCCCCGAAGGGCACAGUCACUUAAAGCUCCCUCGGUCGCCACCAUUAAAAGCCUAGCGGAUUAUAACUUCAGUUACACGAGUUCCAGGGAUGCCUUUGGCUACGCUACCCUCAAACGCCUACAGCAGCAGAGGAUGCAUCCCUCCCUGUCUCAUUCGGAAGCCCUGGCGUCCCCCGCAAAAGAUGUCCUGUUCACGGACACCAUCACCAUGAAGACCGGCAGCCUCGAUUCGAGACUCACACCCAGCAGGAUCGAUUUUAAAAAGAAGCAUGUCGGGGGGAUCAGGAGCUUAAGACCUACACUAACAAACAACCUUUUCAGGUUCAUGAAAGCUUUAAGUUAUGCCUCAUUAGAUAAAGAAGAUUUAUUAAGUCCAAUUAAUCAAAAUACACUGCAGCGCUCCUCUUCAGUUAGGUCCAUGGUAUCCAAUGCUACAUAUGGUAGCUCAGAUGAUUACAUUGGUCUUGCUCUCCCAGUGGACGUCAAUGAAAUCUUCCAGGUAAAGGAUACGCCUUAUUUUCAGAAGAAAACCAUGCCUCCUUGCGAAGAUCGUGCUGCAAAAGUAUUUGCAGCUGAAGGAGGAGGUCUUCCCACCGGUAGCGGAGAUGUAAUCAAAAGCCCUUUUCAGAUGCUGCGGCAGCAGAUCAGCCUCACAGAAAUAAUGAACACAAGCCGUUCAGAUGCUUCUCAGUUUUUAGAAAACACAGAAGAUACGGGGCUGCAGGAGCAUACAGAUGAUAACUGCCUUUAUUGUGUCUGUAUCCAGAUCCUGGGUUACCAGCACAAUAACCAAGCCAAUUCAGCAUUUAGUCAUACAGACUUCCCAGACAUUCCAUAUUCCGAUUGGUGUGGGCAGACUAUCCACAAUCACUUAGAUGUGGUGUCCUCUAAGUUUUCUGGGAUUUCGGGCUGCAGUGAUGCGGUAUCCCAGGGUUCAGCUAGUAGCACCAAGAGCACAGAGCUGGUACUAGGAGUCAAAUCAAUCCCAGAUGAUACACCGGUGUGCCGUAUACUUCUACGAAAAGAGGUCUUACGAUUGGUCAUCAAUUUGAGUAGUUCAGUAGGAACAAAAGGUCAUGAAACUGGGCUUUUGACAAUUAAAGAGAAGUUUCCUCAGGCGUUCGAUGACAUCUGCCUUUACUCUGAGGUUUCCUACCUGCUCUCCCAUUGCACGUUUCGACUACCGUCUCGGAGGUUCAUUCAGGAAUUAUUUCAGGAUGUACAGUUUUUACAGAUGCAUGAAGAAGCAGAAGCUGUGUUAGCAACACCACCAAAGCAACCUACAACCUAUACGUCAGCAGAAUCCUGACCUCAAGUUUCUACAGUAAACGGACUUGCCACGAGCCUCAGAAAACUUCUGAUCGACCGGACAGCCGUGACAGGAGCAUCUCCUGCGGCCUGUUCAGCCGUCACUGGUACACGAGCAGUGUAUUGCGGACUUCUUCUCCCCUCCCUCCCGUCCUUCGGCUCCUCCUCCCCAAAGCCCCCCCCAACAGAAGCAACGUUCCCCACCUCUCCCUCUUGGAGCCCUUUGGGGAGUCACUCAUUUUUCAUGACCACGGUUUCCUUCAUCCUAUUUACCAACAUAUGCAAGAGCCAAGCACUGAAUCCCUGAAGAGGUUUCCUUUUCUUUCCCUGUACUUUAAGAGCAUAGUGAAAGUUGGACGUUAUAGAAGAAUACGCAGCAACACCCACGCUUUGACAGUCGCUCCCGAAUCGGUUUGAAGGGAAGCAGAAAGAUGGGGCCCGGUCGGCUGAUCCCAGCUACCCGAACCCACGUUCCCGUUGCCAGCGAUGGGAUGCACUGGAAUGGCUCGUCGCCAGGGUUGACGUUGGCCCUUCCACGUUUUUCUUAAUGUCUGCAACACUACUUGAGAGGUUCCUAACCUCAAACUGAAGAAGAGUCUCGUGACCCGGACUUUAUUAUCCUAAGUUAUUUUUUUUUAUUAUUAUUAUUACUACAAUGGCAAGAGAGUCUUUUUUUUUAUUUUUUUUCUGAACUAAUUAAGGUUUUUCACUACAGUUUCUGACAUAAAAUCAUCCCAUUAUUUUAGUUCCACUGAAAUUGGAUCAUUUGCCCUAGGCAGCAGGGUCCUGUCGUCUUUAUGAUGCCUAACCAUUUCUCACUCAUCACACCCUCGUGCAUUCUUGAAAGGGAAUUUGAACGGCACUAUACAUGGCUAUUGUAGACUGAAUGCAUAAGAAAGCUUUCGGCUUCUUGGGAGGACAAGAAAACCUUUGCCGAUCAUAUCCACAUUCCACAGGAAUAGAUUAGCUCUCUGUUUCCGUAAAUAUCGCUUUUAAUUCCAAGAGGUUAUCGGUGAGACUUACGAUUUAGGGGACAAAUUGUAGUGAAAAGCCUUAAGUACCACAUUUGGAAGGAGCAGUACUUUAAUUUUUAUACCAGUGUUCUUAAUGAGAUUAUUUGCACAAAUUAAAUGCAGUGACAAAUGAGUUAUGAGUACAGUGAUUGCCUUUCUCAAGUUAGUAGUAAUGUUGCAAAAUUGACAAGCGCAAGCUUUUUUCUUUUUAAAUACUUUUUAUGUAUCUAAGGAUGUCUGAAAAUCUUUAUGGGAUUAAAUACGUAUAUGCAAAUUUGUAUAUAAAUUAGCAUGGCCCUCUUCACUAGAUUGCUUGUAUUUGAGAGGAUGAUCUUUUUUUGAUAUCAUAUAUAUAUAUACAUAUAUAUAUAUAUUAAAACCAUCCAGCUGGACUGUAUUAGGAUACUUUUUUAAUCAAUUCACUUUCACCUUUUUUUUUACCAUCAAAGAGUCACAUUUUUGACACACUAGCGGGACACGGAAUAACUCCGCCCCAGGAUUGCGGAUCGCGGAUGUAACCGAAGCGCUCCUCGGAGUUUCUGUAAAUAGCCCCGUGUCGUAGCAAAGGCAAAAUCCACUUCGUUCCCCUUCAGGUAGUAUCCUCUCCUUUGUACCCGCAUUGAAAGGCCCCGUCUGGGAUGAAGCGUUUCCGAAGCUCACGUCAUACCCCUUCUCCAUCUGCACUUGAGUGAAUCGCUCCUAACUUACACUGCCCAGCCAUUAUAGGGAUGGAAACCGCUGCUGAGUGAGAACCGUGGCCUCCUCAAGUUCACCUUUCACGGGCUCCCCGUGCCCAAGAGAAAAGCAGAAACCAAUCGCUGUAACUCUUUUUUACUGGGCACGGCCCCAUACUGUUCCCAAGCUCCAGUGGCAGGGGUUGGGAGGGACGUUGCCGGCCGGUCGUGGGCACCUUUGGUCUUAAGGGAUUUCAGCUGCCCUUCCGAAGAACUGAAUAUAAGGCACGUUCGGGCCGCAGAGUGGUUAAAACCUCCAGAGGAGACGACAUGCUGAUCCGACCCGUCGUGAGAUCAGCGUACUUUGGCAGUAGUUUUCAAACACUACCUCAGUUAGGGUGCAGAUCACAAGACCUCUAGAGUUAAGCCAGUUAAAUGCUCGCUGUUUUUCCUGACACUGUGGCAUAAAUUAAACAGUUUCUGACCACUAUCCUAAAAAAAAGGAAAAUAAACCCUCCACAUGGUCCUUUUUCUCCCAGAGCACUUAGUUCGGAGGGAAACUCGAGAAAUCACGGGUUCUCCGUAAAUGGCUCAGGCGGGAACUGUUGGCCCACUCCCUAAAGACCUUAGUGUUCUUCAGGUGGGUCUUCAGCUCCUUCCAAGGUACUUCGGUGAAUCCAGGAAGUCAGACGUGGGGGAAAAUGUGGUUUCCCAGUGCCAAGUGAAUAGUGAAUUUAGAUGCUUAAAAAAAGGUAAAUCAUAGCUGAAGAGUUUAGGGUUACUGUCAGUGGUGUUAGAAGUAAUUGAGAAACUGACCUAUCAGUAGCUAUUACCAGACUAGACGGCAAAAAUAAUGUCUGUUUUGGAAAAUCUGUCAUUGCUAGAAUUAAUCUCCCGAUAAAUGUGUGUUGCUCGGUAGUAGAAAGAAUCAUUCGGCGAUUUGGAGUAACUCUGGCAGUUUUACUGGUUUUAAACUGUGAAUUUUCUGAAGCGUAAAGUUAGGUCGUCUAUUUUCAGUUUCAGAAAUCGGGUUCAAGGGAAGGUCUCCAGCUCCUUCGGUUUAUCUAGAGUCUGUUCCGAUAGAGAAAAGGCAAAUGCAGCAGGAAAUAUAGCUCCCACAAGAAUUCCGCUUUAAAACUCCUACCUUUCCCUUUUUUGUUUCCCGUUUCUGUUGAGGUGGAUUUGAGAGGCAAGGGCAGGUUAUUUGCCUAGCCUAGUUAUUGUUCUCACCUAGGGCAAAGUAGUGCAGUGAGCUCAGUGGUUAGUAACAUGUGUGAAAAAGAGAAUUCUAGGCGCUGAAAGCACUGUUCUGUCCGUCAUUACACUCACAGAGGAAAAACCGAGUUGUUGUCAGAUGUGUCUUGAGUAAUUUGGCAUCAAAUCUUAUUUAGACAUGCCUGACUAUUUCACUAUGAAAUUUGUUUUGUAACAUUCAGGAGGUACCUUAAAGCACAGACCAUUAAGCAAUAAACACAAAUCAGAAAGUCCUUUCCCGGCAACCGUUUUUCCAUGUUUUAAGAAUCAGGUGUUGAUUUUUUAUUUGUUUCUUGGGGUUUUUUUGUUUCUUAAAGCCGUGUAAAUUAGCCCUGUAGUAACAGAAGCCAUUUCUUUGGAGAUCAGACUUUUGCCUAGAGAAUGGUCUGGAAUCAACAUGCUUCCAGUUCCGUCCCCAGUACCGAGCCAGUCCGUCCUGGGAGAAACAAGGUGGGAUUUUGAGACGUGAUCGGGAAAAAAGAAUUUAAACAGAAUUAUGGGGCCUCGAGCUGCCAGACGGCUGCUCUUCCAAGUUGUGAGUUCGGAAAAGGUCUCUCCCUCUUAUCUAGGCUCCGCUCCCAAUCCACGUUGAUGAGCGGCCGCGGUGAGCCGGCUGCUGAGCCAAUUCCUCCUGGGAAUGCUUAGCGUUUCACCAGGCAGGGUCCUCAUUUGUAAAGCCCACCGGUGUCAUCCUUCAGCUUUGCUUGCCCGAACUCUGGCAGCGCGUUAGACAUGUUGCUCGAGUGACGGUCCUCUCGUCAAGUUCCGGCCUCCCGGGGUGUUUUCCCCUCCAGUAAGCCCCACGCAGAACACGGAAUCUUAUUUCUUUGGACUGUUUUUUGUAAUUUAGAUGAAUGGCUAUGCUCCAGCAUGCAUAAAUUGCACAUUUUGCCUGACUUUCUUUGUAAAAAUAACUAUUUAAUUUGAAAAAUGUAAUUUAUGCCAAAAAAAAAAAAAGUAACUUGCAAUUUCGCCACUGAACAGGUUGAUUCAGCACAAAAAGUGAAGUCUUAGUGGGCGGGGUGGGGGGGGAGGGUUGGGGAGGAGGCAUUUCAUGGAUUAAGUCAGAAGAGUGUUCCAGCCCUGGCCUGUCAGUAAUCCUAGAGCUGCAUUGUAAGAAAUUGAUGUAAAUUAGCGUUCUGAAAAGCUGAUGGGAUUGUAAAAAUCUCCAACUUUUGCUCCCUCCCCUCAUGGUUUUCUUUUUUAUUUAGUAACACGCUGCUACAUAUUUGAAGGUUCUAGUGUUUGUAGGUCACCGAACAGACAUUGAAAUCUGAUUUAUAUUGUAUACCUGUAACAUAGAAAGAAAAAAGUAUUUAUAUAUUUUCCGUAAGAAUAUUUCAUUGAGCUGUGUAUAAUUUAAACAAAGAGGUUUGUCCGAAAUCAGUUUUUCCCUCGAUUUUUUUUUGUGUUUUUUUUUUUCUUGCUUUUGUAUAGUGUGUACAGUUUAUGUCUAUGGGCAUUAAAGCCUUCCGAAACAUAAUCUUAUCAAAGGAAUACCUUGUUAAUAAAAUGUACUUAAACUUCUUAAAGUAGUGAUGCUUUUUUGUUGGAAUUUUAGUGACUGUAGCAUAUUGCCCUGAAAAUUAGAACUUGAUAUCGGGGAUGUUUCGAGAACAGCGUGUGGA